UUUAGUAUGUUCCUCAAGCUCAGGGUUUAAUGGAAAUAUUGGAUCGAGAUUGGAUGGACUUUUAUGUUUGGACUACAAAAGGAAGCAGUUUGUUUAGGUUGUAUCGUGACGAAGAAUAUUGGGAACUCUUGAAGAUUGCACUUUCUGACUUUUGGUGGAAGCACGUCCAGCCAGCAAAGGAGUUGUACAAGAGAUCGGAGAUCAAAAAUCCCCUUGUCAAACUACGCUCCUAUAAGUCAGAACCUCAGCAUGAAUUGUUCCGGUCUAUCAUCUAUGAAAGCAGGCGUGUGCUUGAUAAUUCUGUGUUGCUUAUGUGUGAAGUUGAUGGAAAAUUGCAAAACUGAGAUUCCUUUAGAAAGAUUCAGUGGUACUUCUAUAAGCAUACUUGAAGUGGAAGAUCACAUGCAUUGACAUGGGCCAGUUGAGCAAAUGAACUGGCCCAUGUUAGAGCAGAUGUUUGGGCAAAGUUGGCUCAAACUCUUAUGGAGAUAAGUUAAGUUGGAAAUUGCUGUUGUCGACCCAAUAACAACCUUCAAAUAGGAGCGGGAAGCGGUGAUUGCAGAAUGAGAAUCCCCACGUGUUGGUUGUCUAUUGCUCUCCAUGCUACUACAGAUGACGUGUUCUACGCAGUCAUGUUAUAUUCCAGAGCAUGCAAAAAAUUAUGCUGCAGUAGAGAUUCAUGUCAAUAUCCAUCAGCAAGCACAAAUGCAUCUAUUAUGAACAUAAGCAAUGCCAGUGGAUCCAGAGUAUUUGGCGCCGGACCAAACACACCAUCUACCUCAUCAGCUGCCGCGACAAGUAGCUCUUUUAAUUAUCAUUUCUACAUCUUAGCAUACCUUGUUGUGAUACUGCUAGCCCUAACACUGAAGCUAAUUUCGUAAUAUUGGUUUAGUUACUUUUUCAAAAGUGAGGCUUGACUCUCAAGUCAUUCCCAAGAGGGGUAGUUUCAAGUACCUUGGAUCGGUUAUUCAGGGGAUCGGG